AUGAAGAUUGUUAUCCAAAGAGUUAAAUCGGCUUCGGUGUCCGUGGAUGAGGAACUGAUCUCCUCCAUUGGGAAAGGACUACUUGUUUUUGCUGGUAUUGGUCAAGAAGAUACCGAGAAAGAAGCGGAGAACCUCGUGAACAAAGUCCUCAAGGCCAAAUUCUGGCCGGACGAUAAUGGAGUACAGUGGAAGAAAAAUGUACAAGAGAUCGGCGGCGAAGUGCUCUGUGUCUCCCAAUUUACCCUCUAUGCCAAAAUGAAGAAAGGCAACAAACCCGAUUUCCACGAUGCAGCCAAGCCCGACGAUGCCCGCAGAAUCUACGAUCACUUCUAUAAUAAGAUGCGCUCUUCAUACGUCCCCGAGCGCGUUAAAAACGGCGUUUUUCAAGCUAUGAUGGAAGUCGAAUUAAAGAACGACGGGCCGGUGGGUGUUGAUUAUCGCAGUGAAGACGCGGCGGUCACAAUCGAGAUCAAUACCAAUCUUCCCAAGAAAGAACCCAAAGAACCAAAGAAUGACAGGACGGAUAAAGAUCAAGAUGAGGGGGGGCCAAUUAACCGGACAUUUGAAUUCAAACUGCCUGCGGAAUUGCUCCAAUGA